CCUGCCUUGAUCAUUUUCGAAAUUGUAAUUUUGAACAGUGUUCGCAUACCACAUACAGGACUAGACUGAUGCCAAACAAGGGAUGGAUGGAGAAUGUCCACAUUCAUCUCAUCUGAUGCCAAGAAUGGGGAUCAUCCAGGAUUGAAAACAAGGUAAACAUGAUAAACAUGGAAAACAGUAGGGCUCGCCCUACUGCAUGCCCUUUAUAAGGCCUUCGGUCGCAUGUCGUCCAUCCGAGUUUUCAUCUUUCUCAUUUUUCUCCUGCAGAUGGCAGGAAUCCACCAGGGGAUAUCCUAAGUGGUACAGUUGGGGGGUUUUGGACAAUAAUUUGCUAGAAUUUACCUCAUCGUUGCCCUGGAUGACCACAUCCCUGCUCUUGUGGCUAAUGCGACACUAUGAUCAAGGGCUACUGUUUUAGAUCUGUCUAUUCUACUAACUCAUCAGAAUCUAUCAGAAGAGUUCAUACACCGGAUACCACAAGCAUCAGCGUGUCGUACGGUUGGAAUUUAUAAAAAUCAGGAUAUCAAUCAUCAUGUGACGCGUGAUACUGAAAACUUUAUGCAGUAGUCUUGUUGGAAAUACAAUUGAAUAAAAAUACACUAUGAAGAAGCUUCC